UCAUGCUCUCGGAUUGAAACGAUUUUCUAUGAACAUAUUCUUUUUUCAAAUAAAUAUUAUGGAUCCUAUCCUGUUUUCUAUGCAGUGACAUUUUAGUAAUUUAAUUUACAAUAGCAUACCCCAUUACCUGAGAAAAGAAAUAUGAAGGUGCCACAGCGAUUCUUGUAGCUGAUGUCCUUGUUUGUAUAGGUGCUGAAGAUGAUUAGGUCCCUUGUGGUACUGGCUACCUUAGUUUUCUCUACUACAGUGUAUGCUCAAGUGCCGAAUAUACCAACUUUGUCAAAAGAGCAGUCCUUGGCCUUGGGCAGUGUUGCCUUUUUCCCAUGUCAGGUCAAAUACCUUGGAACAAAUCAAAGUGUGAUUUGGGAACAUGUGGACCACAAUGUGACCCUUUCUAUGGGAUGGGGUCUGCUCAACUUCCCUUGGAAGCAAAAAUACUCCAUUACUAGUCCACAAGAUGCAAGUGAUCAAUGGAACCUGGUUGUGUACAACCUGGAACAUUCAGAUGCAGGCAUCUACCGAUGUUACGUGCUGGGUUACAAGAACAUGGUCUCUGUCAACCAUAUACUCCAUGUUACAGGUGCACCAACUCCCCCUACCUACCAGGAAGUGGAUGUUACAGCUUGCUGUAUAGACCAGGGUGUAGAGACCUGUGCGUUGCCCAUGUGUCGAACAAUCACACCGUUUGUACAGAUAGUGGCCAUGGCAAGCAACAGCACCUGUAUGGCAAACAACCUCCUCAAGGUCCUGUGGUGUGGGCAAGAUGGCCGCAACCACAUGCCGUGUUGCAUGCGCAUUGGUUUGUCAACAAAGUGCCAGAACCUCUGUGACGGAUGGGGAACCAACGAUGGCACAAGUUACACCGAGUGUAUACCAAGUGCCAUGAGUCUAAUACAGUGUCUUAAGGAAGGACAGAGCAGAUUGCCCAGCCAGCCGACAUCUGUGUCUGCGGUUGCUACGGGCGCCAACAUUCUUGUGUCCUGGUUACCACCGCUGGAAAAUCCCAACCUCGUGAUCAACUAUAAAGUGCAGUUCAAGAAGUCAGAAGAGCCUUACUAUAAAUUUGUGAUAGUAAGCAAUGUAACCAAUUUCGAGCUGCUACAGUACCUUGAGACUACGACAUUGUAUGAGAUCCAGGUGAUAGCAGUCUCACAGUUUGGUGCUAGUCAACCUUCAUACGGCGUGCAGAUGGCUACCAGAACAGAUGCCUUUGACAUGUAUAACAAGACUGUGUCAGUGAGAGAAUGUUGUUCAACAAAGCAGAUCAGUAACGAGUGUCUAGACUUUUGUGAUCCUGCAAAUCUUGAUCUUGGAGGUAUAAACAUGGACGCCGAUAAACUGUACACCUGCUAUGGGGACGUGCAGGACGCGUACUCCUGUCUCAUGGGGGGAGGCAAUCACACACCGUGCUGUGCGAGAAUGAAUGUUCCCAGCAAGUGUUACCCGAUGUGCGCAGGCCAGUUUGUGUUUACAUUUGAGCUGACAGUGUGCCUGUAUAACCUCCCUUUGAUAGCGGCAUGUGUGGAAGAGGGCGCAGUAUUCCUGCCAGCCCCACCUGUGAACACCCGCAUUAUUGACAGUUCAGUUACGUCUGUAGAAGCGACGGUUGCCUGGGACAACCCAUCCAGUUACGUCCCCACCUGGUCUUACAUUGUUGACUGGAAGAGGCAGGCAGAUAUCUCAAAUAACUGGAACUCGGUCAAGGUCAAGGCAGGCACUCGGUACCAGCUAACAGGUUUACAGCCUAACACUCUCUAUGAUGUGCGUGUAUACACAGUCAAUGACAAGGGCGCCAGUCUGCCUGAACUGACCUUAAUGCUUGUUACUCAAGGUAUACAGAGCGACCCCAAGCCAUACAAUGAAACGGAGUGUUGCAACACCAAGGGAGUACCCAGCAGCUGCCUGAAGAUCUGUACCCAUGAUUUCCGCUUAAAGCCCUUGGACCAGAUAUUCACUGAGGCCUAUUUAUGCACAAGCUAUUUUGAUGAAAUGUUGCAUUGUGGAACAGAUGGCAGGGACCACACAGAGUGUUGCAGACGGAGAGGCAUUUCAGAUGCGUGCCUCAAACUGUGUGCAAUGACAGCAGCAGUUGAAGUGACCUAUGACUUUGUCUCCUGUAUGCUCUACAAGGACACAUUGAGCACCUGUUUUGAGGAAGGGAGAGUGGUACUUCCACAAAGUCCUAAAGGCCUAUACAUCGUGAAGGCAGAGCCACUGUCUAUCACCCUACAAUGGAAAACCCCGUCUGGGCCAGCUGUGACAUCAUACACUGUGCAAUACGCUGUAGGCACCUUGAAGGAAUACAACACAGUCACAUGGUCACAGGUGACUAUGAUCAAUUCCACGUUCUCUAUUAUCAACAAGCUUGAAGCCAACACAUCCUACAUCAUACGAGUGCUGAGUGUCAACUCUGCUGGAACCAGUCUCCCAUCCAACGCUGUCACAGGCUACACUAAACCAUCUCCCUUGAGUGACAGCAGUGAACCUGACUGGGAUAAGGUGUGGCAAAAUAGAACAGAGUGCUGCAGGAACCAGAAGAUGGAUGCAGAGUGCAUUGAUGCCUGUGUCAGAGGAGAAAUCCCCACCACUGCAAAGUGUGGCCAGGACUUCCAUUUGUUCCUCAUGUGUGCAGCUGAUGGUCGUAACCACGGCCCAUGUUGUCACAUGGUCCCUGAGUUCCCAAGUGGCGCAUGUCUGUCUCUGUGCCAAGGUGGAUCUGUCUUCCCAGACGGCCAGUUGGCUCUGUGCCGUGCCCAUCUCAACACAAUCAUGACAUGCUUCUCAGACGGGCAAGGCAAGCUCCCCCCACCUCCCGAGGCUUUCAGGGUGACUGACUACACAUCUGAUUCUGCUACCCUAGCAUGGGCUGUGCCCUCCAGUAACUGUGGAGCUAACUCCACUUGCAUGUACACUGCAAUGAUCCUAGAUGACACAAAUGAAAUGACUCGAAUAGAAGUGAAUGCAAGUCUUACGCACACAUUUUCUGGAUUGGAGCCAGAGUCUGUGUAUCGACUGUCUGUCAUGGCAACCAAUAAAUAUGGAGAGAGUUUGCCAGCACCCUUCACUCGAGUUGUCACACGUCAAUCAGUUGGUUUAUAUGUGAGUCAAUACCCACCUGGUGUAAUCAAUCAAGGUCAGAGUGUGACCUUGACCUGCAUAGGGACAGGUACAGAAGAUCCACUGGAGUGGGAGCGCAACAAGCGGCUAGCCAGUAAUACUAGUUCGUACACAAUUGAUAAUGUUACACCUGAUGACAAUGGGGAGUAUAUCUGCAAGGAAACCAGUGACGGAUUAGACAUAACAAAGUCAUUGUUUCUCAAUGUGAAGUUCACACCAAAGCCAGUUGCCAUCUCCACCACGCACAAGGCCCUGCCAGGCCUCAAACACGAGGCUCGUCUGUUCUGCCAGUACAAAGGGUUCCCCAGCCUCAUAGCCUGGACUAGAGACAACCACCAACCCUUGACAGAAUCGAGGUUCAACAUUCAGCCCCACAUUUAUAACUUCACUGAUGGCAUCACUACCAGCUACUUGGAAAUAAGAGAUGUGGUGCUGGAUGAUUUUGGAAUUUACACUUGUAAUGGCAGCAAUGAAUUUGGCUUUGCCCUGAUUACUGAGACGUUUGAAAAUGACUACCCAUACGGCUCUCAAGUUCCUCCUGGGAAUGCCACCAGCCCCACCCAUGUUUCUGAUUGCUGCAAGGCAAGGAAGGUACCUGAGGAUUGUCGUCAGAGCGUGUGCUCCUAUGCCAUCGACCUUGCAGCCCUUGUAGCAGAUCCAAACCUCUCACACUGUGUGACAUACUUUGAAGACUAUAUAGUGUGUGGAGCAGAUGGCAAGGACCACACAUCCUGCUGUACAAAGGAAGGUAUCAGUGAUUUUUGUCUGCCACUGUGCCGUGGCCUGGUCCCUCAGCAUGACGACAUCAGGAAGAUGCUUGUCUGCAUCCAAGACUUCAAACCCAUCAUUGAGUGUGCCAUCAAUGCAAUACAAUAUGCACCCACAGCCCCUCAGAACGCUUCAGCGCAGGUGAUUGAGGACAGCGUGCUUGUGUCAUGGCAGUACCCAGACCGCAAUCCUCACAAGGUCAACACGUUUGUUGUGCAUUAUACACUCAACGGGAAACCAGAGUACAAACCACAGACUGUGGGUAAACUAUUGACGGAGGUGAAGCUGUACCUGCCAGACAUCAAGACAAGUGACAACUACACUGGCUGGGUGGUGGCAGAGAAUGACUGGGGCACUAGUCUGCCUAGCAACAACUUCACUGUUGUUGUCUUACGUCUGGUUCCACCCAAGCCUGUUAACAUUCGAGCCACAGUGCUGGGAACCAACAUAUCACUUAUAUGGGACCAGCCCAGAACCAGGCUCAAUAUUACCAAGUAUAAUGUGUUCUAUAAAGAACCUUCUGAUGAAAUGUCGACAAUGGUUCCCGCUACUAAUAACUUUGCCAUGUUGAUUGGCCUGAAGCCUGGUACCAGCUAUACGGUCCAGGUGGCAGCACUAAGCAUGGACGGGCUGGGAACCAUGUCUGACAGCAUUGUCAUCAAGUCUCAAGGUAAUGAAGGUACGGUGUCCAGUCAGCAGUCACAGUCCAGUGAGGUGAGGACAGGAAUGGCGGUGGGGCUUGUACUGGCUGCUCUGCUCAUCAUUGUGAUUGCCGUUGUUGUCAUAAUCUUUGUCAGGCGGUCUCUGAAAUCUAAGAAUGGCACCAUCAGCACAGUGGCCUUCGAGAAUCCCCAAUACGCUCAGGAGGGAACGGUUACUGGUUUACCUGGUGAUGACUCAGAGGACUCUAACCAGUUUGGCUACACCAACCUGCGAGAGGACACUAUGGUGGAUCGUCCCUAUGUCACCAUGCAGCCUGCUUCCACUCCUGUUGCUCAGGCUUUUGGGAACGGCACUUACACCAACAGUCCUGCUACACUGAACCUCGAAGACUAAAGCUACACUUGUGAUAAAUGGUGGUGUAGAUUGUUUGCUCCAGGCUGUACAAGUGUUUUUAUUCACCAUUCAGAUGAAUAUACUGAAACUUACAUCAGUAAUACUAUAAACCUAUGUUACUGUUGAGCCUACUUGUUCAUUUUAUGCCAAUAAAUAUAUGAUGUCAUUAAUGUCAAUGUGACAUAAACACCAUCUGUGUAUGAGCUGCGCUUUGGGAAAAGUGGACUAAAUGCAUGUGCAUAAAGUGUUGUCCCAGAUUAGCCUGUGCAGUCUGCAAAGGCUAAUUAGGUAUGAAUGUUUCUUCCAUGUAUUUUUCAUUUGAAUAAGUCUUUUCUAAACUAAAAUCUAAUGUGAAAGUGUUGUCCCUGAGUAGCUUUUGCGAACUGCACAGGCUUAUCUGGGAUGUCAUUUUACACACAUGCAUUAAACCCACUUUUCUUAAAGUGUCAUAUAUAUAGAUACAUCUGAGGUCCAAGGGUUUCUAUGGUCCAUGUGUUCUGUAUUCUAUGAUGGCAAAGUCUGUGUAUGGAGUGGUUCUCAUUAUGGCAAUAAAUUGUUUAAUACUCGUUAUUGUAUUUAUGUAUUUAUUUUAAAAAUCAUGCCAUAUGUUUGUUGUUUGAAAUUGAUCAGUUUGGAAUAAUUUUGUAUUCUCUUAUUUCUUAUUAAAAGUUUGCUUUUAUCAACUUAUCAGAUUCCAAAACACUAUAUUUUGUUGUAUCACAUUACUUGUACACAAAACGCCCAUUACUUGCACAUUACUCUCAUUUAUUGAUUUAUUGACUUUACUAAUUAUAGAUGGAGAGGAGUUAUAACAUUGAGGCAAAAAAGGAAUUGUAAAUAAUUUAUAGUAAAUAAAAAAAUAAUCAGAAAAAUGCAUUUAGUUCCAGAUAUUUAAGGCAUAUUUUUUUUUAAGAUUCUUAAGUCUGUAAAUAGCAUGCUUAAUAAGUAAAGUAAAUAAAAUGUAACAUUUGCUUAAAGCACUAUGAAACAUAUUUAUGAUAAACACUUUGUGUUAUUUUACUAAACUAGCCUUGAUCAUGCAAAAAAAUAUCAUAUGACAUAUGUAGCCAUCACAGCUCCUGAUCAGCCUGCGCCUUUGCUCAUACUAGUAUGGGGCUACCACAUUUUGGAAUCAUACCAGCAAAUCUUACAUUUAUAGCAAACAGGCUAGCUCAAGACCAGAUGUACAGGCUUGUCUAUAGUUAAGCUCACCGCAUAUGACAUAACACCCAUUUUUGCAUGACAUGGAAUAAAAAAAUAUUAAUAAUAGUGCAAUAUCUUCUUUAAAGUCUAAGUAGAAUAAGUAGUAUUUUAUCUUGGUCAAUUAUGGGUGCCAAUAUCAAAAUGUAUGGCUUUUUGUAUUUUAGCCAUAUGUUUUAAAUGUUUAACUCUGAAUAAUACUCAUCAUAUAAAUAAUGUACAUAUUUAAUUGAAAUUACAUAUGGUAAUAAUACUCAAUGUUUUUAAGAUAUAUGUUUUCAAGCUUGAUAGUGCUGUAGUAUUGAUAGAAUAAGAAUGCUCAAUAUCUGUAUACAUAGUAACGUAUAUAAUUGUACAUACAUUAUAGUUGUUCAUAAAAAAUAAUUCUGGUAAAUGUUCAUUGUAACCAUAUGAAAGAUAGAUGAUAACGUAGAAAGCUCACAUUAACGGAUGCUUAUGAGUGUAUGCAUAUCUCGUGUGUCUUAAAAACCACCAGAAUAAAUUGUGCAGCAUAAUAUAUAUAAAACAUCCAUCAUUGUAGCAUUUAGCGCCUUUCUAACGGGCAUUAUUUACUUAAUUAAUGCUUAUUUCUUUAAACACUUUGUUGUUGAUAUCACUGAAUCUCCAAAAACAAUGUCUACCCAAUAGUCUAUGUUCUCUCAAUAAUACUUUUAGGCACAUGAUUAUGUUGAUAUUUUUCACCUUAAAACUAUAAGGGCUGUCCCAGAAUGUAUUAGUUAUAUAUUUCAGAAUAAGAUUCAUUUUUGCCUGUAUUCACACAUUUGGGAAGUAAACAAAGGUGGGCACUUAGAACCAUCUGGCUCUCUUGUUUUUGAAAUUGUUCCGGGUAAUUGGUUAUUUGUUGAUGUGGAAAAAUUAUAAUUUGUAUCAUGCAAUUUGUUUGUAAAAAAUAUUUGUAUAUGUGUUUACAAGCAAAGUUAUGUAUAUUUUUAUAAGCAAUAUAUGAAAUCAAACAUUUAUCUUUACAAGGACAUUAUUUUGUUCACUGUUUAUUACUUUUUUUAUAUCAGUCAUCAUUUUUACAGUCAUUAAAUAAAAACAUAUUAUGUUUAUGACUAUGCUUCUAUAUAUUUGGUUUUUGGAUAAUUUAUUUUAAACAUUUUGACGAAAUGAUCAGCUUUAAUUUGUUAUAUAAAACAGUUUAUUUUGAAAAAUCUAAGAAAACAAGUUUAUUUAUAGCUAUGUCCCUUUAUUUUGUGAGCUGCAUUUUUUGCUCACUUUACAAUAUUAUAAUUGAGAGGGAUUGAAUCUCUAAAGUGUUAUCUGUUUUGUUAUUAGCUCACUUUAGCACAAGAUACUCAUUUGUUUAAGUCAAUGCACACAAUUCUAUAGUUAAAGCUCCCCUUGUCAGCCAUCUUCUGUAUUGUCUUGCUGUUAUCAACAAUUAUUUCAUCACUUGGUGUAUGUUACACAAACUGGACGAAAAAAUCUUGAAUGGUUCAUUUAACAAUUCUAAUUAGUUUAUCUCAAUGUUUCAAUCUUGUUUCAAAAGAAAACCAAACCUGAACAGCAAAAAAAAUCUCUUAAGAAAAUCUUCAGAAACCUGUCCUUCGUCCAUUAUGUUCUUUAGUAAUAAAUAUUGACUAUACCAAUUGUGAUUCUAAGUCGAAUUCCUGCUUUUUAGAAUUUGGACAUGUGGGUGGGUGGUUGUUAACAGGUGGUUUACUGUCAAUAUGUUUUUGUUUACGUUGAAUAAUAUUGAAGAAACUUUUGUUAUAGCAAGCUUGAAUCAAAAUAAAGCUUUGAAUUGUUUGUGUGUCUAGCUGGGUGAGGUCACUGAUACUAAAAGUAGAAAAAAAACAACAGUUUCCCCCUAAUAGCUUGAGGGUUGACGUACAUGUAUUGCACUGAAAUCGUGUGUACAGCUUACAGGCCAGUUCUGUCAAAGUCAAUGUCUCCAUGUCUUGAAAUAGAAAAUCAGCAAACAGGUGUUUUCAGUCAAUAACACUAGGCUGCAUAGACUCAUCUUGAAAUGUUGGUAUGUCAAGAACAAAACGUUUUUCAAUCAAUAACCAGCUGAUUCACAAUAAUGGUAUUGCACUAAAUUGAGUAUGUAUGUAGCUUAUGUUACCAUGAAUAAUUAAACUCAGGUGGGUGACCCAAAAUGGUUGUAUUUUAUGCAUAGGUGUUUGUUUUUUAAGUAUUGUAUUAGGACAAAGAGCUGUACAAACAUUUGUACUUCCAAAGAAUUGGUUUAUAACAAAUGUGUUCCUUAAUUUACGAAAAGUGAUACUUUUGUUGUUGAAAUGUUAUUUUAUUAAAACACUGAAGUCAAUGAACAUUUUUAUUGCUGCAUACGAAUUUCUUUUGUCAUUAGGUUGAAUCUUAAUAAAAAUAUUCUCACUUAUAUGCUAGUGUUUAGCACUUUUAUGCUUCUGUUUAGCAAUUAUAUGCUACUGUUUAGCACUUAUAUGUAAAAGCUUUUUUAUUGCUGCUUAAGAAUGGCCAUUUUGCUUUAUGUACAUUUUAAAUACCAGCUCUCUUACUAUACGCUUUAGGUGUUGCUGUUAGUUUUUAACCGGGUUGACAAAAGUAUGUCAUUAUUAAUUUAAAAUUGUGUUGAUACAUCUAUGUAUUUCUGUACCGGGUAGCUCAUUGUUUUCCUUAAACACAAACACCUGUUGCGACUCAUAUUUAUGACAUAUAUUUUUUUCUUCAUAGUGAGUUCAGUUAUUUCGGAUUUUUAACAAUAUGUUAUUAGUUAUAAGCUUAACACUAUAUUUAGCAAAAGUAAUAAUAUUCUGUAGUCAUAAAUCAGGGCCCAGUGACUAAAAACUUACGAAAUUAAAAAAGCUUUUGUAACCAUUGAAGCAUGAGUUGAGUAACGUCAUGUGAAAAUGGACCUAAUGUAUGUGAUUGGCAAACAGUAACUCUCCAGACCAGGGUAGAUUGAGAACAGACUGGGCAUGUGCCCAAGCUGGUUUGGAGUCACGGUGUCUGGAUAACUGGAUAAGACCCAUUUUCGCACAACACGGCAUAUUUAAUGAAGAAACUGAUAAUUUAGAACUUCAGUAAUGUAAUGUCUUUGUUAUAUUUUUGAAAAUUGUAUAGUGGUAUGAAAUAUAUAACAUGGCAAUAUUUUUAAAAAUAUGUUUGUAGUCGAUAUUAUUUUUAUUGAUGUACAUGCAUAAUUAUAUAAAAAGGUGUGUGAGCACCCUUAAGAUGUGAAAUAAAUUAUGGUUGCGUUCAUGCGAUAUAUGAAUGCAAUACUUCAAGUGGGCUAUAUUAUGAUGCCUGCUUAUCUGGUACGUAUUCAUGAAAGUAUAGUGUAGUCUUAUUCACCAGUAGAAUACACAUCUUGUUCAUCUGUUGUUUAAUUAACAGGGUAGAGAAAUCUCACAUAGUGCACACCUCUGCUAACAUUAAGGUUUGUUCAACAACGGUCAUACCAUGUCCUCAUGAAAAUUGUGUAUUUUGUGACUUUUAUUGGAAUAUAUUGAACAUAUGUUAUAUUCGCAGAAAUGUGCUUUAUUGGCAAUAAAAUAUAUAUGCAUCGUU